AUGGAACGGAACGGCCGCUCGGCGCUAGCCGUGGUGCUUCUGAUCGCAGCAGCAGCGUUAUUACUGGCCCUUACUGAUGCCACUGCCGAAGCCUUGCCAGGGCGCGCCAGACGUCACAGUCCGUGGCUCAAUCGUGCCCCGAACACGUUCAUGCUGGGGAAGAAAUUCGCUCGGAAUCGACCAUCAGCUGGUACGACGCACGCUCUGGAGACGAACACAGACUGGCCAGGCGUCAGGCCGAUGGCCACAGAACGCCCACUCGCAACGCUGUCGACGGAGGAUGCCGAGGAUAAGCCAGCACCGAGGUCACGCAGCUUCUACGGCUGUAUGUCCAACUGUUUGACCCUGUCGCAGUACAAUCCGGUGUGCGGAACCGACCACACCACCUACCACAAUGAGUACAAACUGGAGUGCGCCAACCGGUGCGGAGCAAAGCCAAGAGUAUCAGUCAAAAAGCUGGGCAUUUGUUGA